AUGCAGUGGAUCACCCUGCUAGCGGCCCUUGGGUUUGUGGGUCUGUCCUGGUCCACACAUACACCCAUCCCUACCCCCACCUUCACACACACCCCUCUGGUGGAUGUCUCAGUGGAGGAGGGGGAUGAGCCGUGCUUUGAGCCCUGCACAUGCGAGGUCAAAGAGGGUGUGCUGCACGUGCACUGUGAUGGGCGUGGCUUCACCAAUGUCAGCCAGGUGUUCCAGUCUUGGCUCCGCCCCUUCAAGCUCAACCUGCAACGAAAUUCCCUGAGGCGGCUUUACAGCAAUGGCUUCCAGCAUCUUAGCCAUGCCGUGUCCAUAAACUUGGGCAACAAUGCACUGCAGGACAUCAAAGUGGGCGCUUUCCACGGCCUGGCCGCCCUAAGGAGGCUCUACUUGCAUGAGAACAAGCUGGAGGUGUUCCGCAACGAUACCUUUAUAGGCCUCGAGGCGCUGGAAUACCUGCAGGCGGACUACAACGUCAUCAAACGCAUAGAUAGCGGGGCACUACGGUUUCUACACAAACUGCGAGUUCUAAUCCUCAACGACAACCUUAUACCUGCUCUGCCACCUCACCUGUUCAGGUCGGUUUCCCUGACCCACUUGGACCUACGGGGGAACCGUCUGAAGAGCCUGUCUUAUGGUGGAACCUUGGAGUACGUGGGCCGCUCCCUGAUGGAGCUGCAGCUGGAGGAGAACCCUUGGAACUGUGGCUGUGAGUCAGUUCCCCUGCAGCAAUGGCUGGACCAGAUUCCAUACACGGCCGUGGUGGGGGAGGUCACCUGCGAGUACCCCUUCCAACUACAUGGCAAGGACCUGAGGGAGACACCACGCAAGGAGCUGUGUGCCGACCUCCCUGACAAGGAAAUACAGAGCGAAGGGAACAGGAUUGAAGUGCCACAGCCCCCGCAAACGCCCCUCAACCCCAAAGCGUCAAGCCCCUACCCUGAUCAAGCUAGGCCCACAAAACAUUCCUCCAUGGUUCAUGGGCCUCACGAGAGCACGCACACCUCCUCCUCUUCCUCAACUGAGCGCAAGGAGAGGGGGAGGUCCUCCAGGCCCACCAAGCGUCCCAGGCCCUCCAGGACACCACCCACUCGCAGCCCCAACCAGCCUCCACCCAUGGCAGGCUACCAGACGCGGCCACCCAUUCCCAUCAUCUGUCCUCUGGGCUGCACCUGCAACCUGCAUAUCACAGACCUGGGCCUUACAGUCAACUGCAAGGAGAAUGGCUUCCUCAACGUAUCCCAGCUCACACCCCGUCCUCUCAAUGGACGCAAGCUGUACCUGAGCGGCAACCUUAUCCAGAGGAUCUACAGGUCAGACUUUUGGAACUUCUCUAGCCUGGACCUGCUACACCUGGGUAACAACAGGAUAUCUUACCUCCAGGAGGGGGCCUUUUCCAGCUUGGCCAGUCUUAGGAGCCUUUACCUGAAUGGGAACAAUCUGGUGAGGCUAGGCCCGGACAUGUUCCUGGGUCUGCAAAACCUCAGGUACCUGUACUUUGAGUACAAUGAGAUCGGUGAAGUGGAGGCAGGGUCUUUCAACACCAUGCCAUCCCUACAGCUCCUUUUUCUCAAUGCAAACCUGCUAAGAACCCUCCCAGUAGGCGUGUUCUCUGGCAUCUCCCUCUCCCGCCUGAACCUCCGCAACAACCACUUCCUCACCUUACCUGUAGAGGGCGUGCUGGAGCACCUCACCGGACUGGUAAAGGUGGAUCUUCAGCAGAACCCUUGGGAGUGCACCUGCAAGGCGGCACCUCUGAAGUGUUGGCUGGAGGGCCUGAGCGCUGUGGUGGUGGUGGGAGAAGUAGUGUGCCACUCCCCUGAGGAGACCACUGGGAUGGACCUGCGCUCCAUCUCUAUGGAGCUACUUUGCCCAGAGCUGAAGGAUCAAGAUUUGUAUCAGGACCUGGAUGGGGCCAAGGGGAGCCAAUCACCUCCCUCCGUGGACCUGGACAGAGGGGUGUCAGCAGGUUUCCCUGGGCCAGGCCUGGGCCCCUUACUGCCCCAAGGGAAGGGCUCCAUUCCCCUGUCUGUACUGGUGCUCAGCCUAUUGGUCCUGCUUGUGUCUUCGUUCUUCGCAGCUGCGGCACUCAUCGCCUAUGCCUUUAGGAGGCGGGACAAGCUGCCGUUCCGCAGGCAGGGCGAGGUGGACCUGGCAGGCAUCCAGAUGGAGUGCGGGAUAUUCACAGAGCAGACACAUCACCACCACCAUGGCUUGCUGAAGCCCCCACCCCUUGCAACAGCUGAGCACAGCCACGUCUAUAACACCAUCCUCCCCUCAGACCACAUUGGUGGUGCUGGCGGGGCUUCCUCCACGCCCAUGUGCAGUAACCCCGUCUACAAAGAGGAAGACAAGGGUGUGACAAUGAAACAGCAGUGUCAUCUGCAGUUGUGCAGAUCUGUAGGGAGUGAGGGUAAGUUCAGCUGCCCAGAGAAGAGAAAGAGUGUGGAAGGAUACCCCUCUAUGGCAGAGAAAGAGAGGGAGUGGACAGUAGAGCGGUCCUCCUCUCCUAUCAGCACCAUCGCAAUGCAACCCCUUUCUGGUCUCCAUGGAAACGGAAUCCUGUGCCCCACCAUGAUUGACAGCCAGGGCCCGACUCCUAAAGUGGGAUUGGUGGACUGCCUCUUCGGAAUGUCCGCCCCAGAGUUCCAGGACCUACCAGACAGGUACGCCCGCCCUCCCCCGCGGUACCCCCACCCCCCAGACCCCAAGCAGGAUGCCGGACCCGGACAGUUACCGGUAGUUACUGGGGAAAUGGCGGGACCAAACAGCAGUAGCAGCCAGAACCAGAGUGAGGAAUCAGGGGAGCUGAGGUCCCGACACAGAACCAAGCCUGACUACCUGGAGGUUCUAGACCGAUCCUAUCAGUUCUAG